GAGCCGCAUCGCCGUGGAGCUGGACGGCCGCAUCGACGCCAGAUUUCGACACCGGCAAUCCCGCCUCCUCCUAGAUUCCCUUGCUGAGGUUAUAGAAAUUUCGAAAGAGUGAUGUUUUAUUUCAGGUUGUCGCGUUUCCGACUGGAAUUAUGGCGUAGGGGGUCGGAAAUAGGAAAUGGAGUUAUCCACAUUUCAUUUCAUUCUUAGGAAAUCUAACGGGACAAUGUUGGAGUAGGUUAAUGGGAUGAAAAGCUUAAACUUUUCUUGUAAUUUGAGCGUUACUGACUUACAGCUGCUGUUUUAAAUUUCAGCACAUUUUUCAUUUCAUAGCGAGUUCUGGUGGGUUAUGGUAGAUUGGAACAUUGAGAUGGUUUGGGACUUUAUGCUUUCAGGAUGUUGCCAGCUUCUGUUUUCUUUAUCUACAGGAAUUUCGGAAUUUGUGCUGAUGACUUCCCGACCUUUAUAGAUGCUUAUCAUAGCAUCCUGGACACUGGGGAAAUAUUGUUGAGAGACUAGUUCAGAUAAAUCAUACCUAACACCGUGCAGAAUCCUCUUUGGGUUUCAGAGUUUACGAUUUUUAAAUGGGCAAGUAUCUUAGUUGUGUGUUAACUUUGGAAAUAAUGUUGUGAAAUUUUCUUUUUCUAUGCUGAGAAGACUAGGAUCUUUGAACACAAGUACUACACGCAUGGCGAGGAACGGUGCCAGACAUAUGUAAUGCUGAUAAGUGAAUCGCAUGAUUAAUGCUUCAACUUUUGCUGGGUGUUACCAUCCAGCGAGGGAGGGGGUUUCGGCAAUGGAAUUUGAUAAAAAGGGAGUAUACCUCGCAUCAGUGACAAUCUCAGGAUGUUUAACAGUGCAUGACUUUGAGACCUUAUACUGUUCCUUGUAUGGCCCAUCAUGUAGUUUACCAGAUGACUCAUCAAACUAUGUGCUCCAUAUAUCAAACUCAUUACCCCUAUGCGCUGUCCGAUGGAAUCCAGGAAAUCAAGACGAGAUUGUUUGCUCAUCUAGCCAAAGUGACAAAGUUUUAGUGUUCGAUAUUGGGUACGUCUCAUCUGCUCCGACAGAAGUUUUACAGAAAGGGAAGACCAAAUUUCACGGUCUCUGCUCUGAAUCCCGGAAGGGUCUUACUGAUCUAGCUUUUAUGUCAGAUGAUAAGUCACGGUUAUUUGCUUCUGGCCUUGAUGGUGCAGUCUACAUGUGGGACAGGCGGCUAAGUAAGACACACUGUCUUGAGCUUACAGCACUCCCAGAAUCUCAAUUUACCAAUGUCAAGCUAAAUAUGGAUAAUCGGACAGUGUUUGGCGCAACUAGAAAUGGCACUAUUCAUGCUUGGGAUACGCGUGGAGGGAGAGCAUCAGCUGCUUUUCAAAGCCAUAAUGAGGUCCAACCUUUAUCAUCAGUGAAGAUAUCAACGUUGUUGGGAAAAAUUGCAUCGCUGAAGGAACAAUCAAACAUUGUUUCAAGUGAAGUUCUGUCGAUAGACUUUAACCCCAGUUGCUCAUAUCAGUUGGCCUUCCAUCUUGAUGAUGGGUGGUCUGGGGUACUGAAUGUCAACACUUUCAGUGUUAGUCAUCUGCACUGCCCUCCUCCUGCUUGGUUGGAGGGUGUGGACUCUGUGUUGCAUAAGCGGAAAGGGACCUGGCUGUCGACAUCUUCAAUUUAUGCAGUCGGAUCUUCCUCCAAUAAUGGAAUGUAUGCACUGGAUUUUCAUCCAGAUACAAGCUCCGCAUGCCACGUCGACUACAAUUGUUUGCUGGGACGUAUGCGGAGAAGUUCCACAAUUUCAGCAACUUAUCGUUUUUUCUUGGCUCCGUUGAACAAAAAUAAAAAAGUUCCCUUGAAAAUAACUCUGGAUUCAGGUCAGUUUAUGCAUGAUGUUCAUUCUUGUUUCCUCACCUGGCUUUCCACGUUUCAGCGAGGAAACAAAAGGCUGCGAGGAAAAUCAACCUGCAGAAAACAAGUUUAUUCCCUUAUCUGAAAGGGUGCUUUCCUGUGCAGCCCAUCCACUCAGUCACACCAUAGUUUGUGGUACCGAG